ACAUGGUGCAGUAUAAGAAGUUUCUGUUCUUGUAACCACAGCCUGAAGCUCUUACUGAGGAAAAAAUACAUGGAAAUUCAUAAUGAAGCUAGGGAGAGAGAAAGUUAACCCAUGUUCAAAAUAAUGUAGCUUACCAGACACACAUUACCUUGGAAUAUUCCCCCAGUGAUGGAAUCUGAUGUGGCUGAUCACAUGACCCGUCUGAAGCUCAAACUCCUUGAAAAGAAAUUAGAAAACGAACGUGAAAACUUGGAUGACUCUGAAUCACCCUUUUCUACAGGGAAUUAUGACAAUUAUGGCUACGCUUUACAAAGUGCACUGAGAAGAAGGAAAGACCUUUUACAGCAGCUCAGAGAACAAAAUCUUUUGGAAGAGAUUUCAGUACCAAAAAGUUUACCAAGAAUUCAUAAAAAGUCCUUGAAGCCACAUCAUAUCUACCAAAUUCCUCCUCCUCCUCCUCCUCCUUCUCCUCCUCCUCCUCCUCCUCCUCCUCCUCCUCUUCUUCCUCCCCCUCCCCCUCUACUUCAACAACCAAGAAUUAUCCAGCAAACAUUACCACAGCAACCAGCAACCAUAAUUCAACAAAUACCUUCAUAUCAGCCACCACUCAUUACACAGAUUCCAUCUCCACAGUCCUUUUCAGUACCCAGAUCUGGGAGUAUUAAAGAAGAUAUGGUAGAAAUGAUGCUAAUGCAAAAUGCACAGAUGCAUCAAAUCAUUAUGCAGAAUAUGAUGCUGAAAUCCUUACCACAAACAUAUUCACCAACUAGUGGGUAUGGGAUCCCUAUGCUUCAACAUGGACAACAGCUUACUGCUCUUAUUCCAACAAGAAUGGAGAAAUCACGACCAUCAACUGUACAUCAUCAUCACUAUACAUCUUUAGGAGCACCAGUUAUUCCUUCUCAAAGUGGCUUCCCCAUGUGGCCAUUAGGUCUGCAACCUGGCCUUAGCCCACACCAGGAAGGUUUCCCAUCUGAAGUACAUAAUCUGCCCAUUCCAGUUAAUGCAUCACACACUGUGCCACCUCACAGACUGCUUGGAUUACCUUCGGGUUUGUAGAUUCCAUAGCAACAAUCUAGAAAAGGUGGCUUGCAAAGGGGCAAUGAGUACUUAAUUAAAAGCAUUGGAGCUCUCUCAUCUGAUAUUUCACUUCGCUGCAGACAGACAGAAAUUAUGCACAUUUGCUGAGAACAUAGGAUUUGUAGUGAGCAUAAAAUUUCCACCUGAUAUAACAGUCUUAUGCAUCAAUUUUAUUUGAGCUAUACUACGUGAUAAAUAUUGUGCACCAUAUCCUGUGUAUUCAUGUCACAGACAUGAAAGAGGAGGAAGAAUGCAUGGAAAAAUAAGGAAAAGUACAGCAUCCAUGGCCAUACUAGAAGCUAUGAAUUACAUAGAAGCAGUCAUAUGAUAAUAAGGAAGUGAUGGAGACACCUUUGUGCAUUGUUCAAUCCACCUAACAACAUUUGAAAUAGGAUGUCAACAACAGAGUCUUUCACUGCAAGGCUAUCUACAGGAGUGGUCCAACUAGGAGUUGAUGGGAAACCACUGCUCUAAUUACCCAACAACAGUGAAGAAGGGGGUCAUGAAGCACAGUGGCACAAAUUUUCUCAAACAUAGCGUUUGGUCAUACAAACAAAGAGAGUAAUAAAAGUAAGGAAGCCAGAAAGGUAGUAAAAGUGUAUUGACUAGGACAUAAGGCUUGGAAUCAGGAGCAGCAAAACAAGCUCUAUGAGACAGAAUAGGAAGAAAAUAGUUGUGGUUUAGCUAGCAAGAGUGUCAUCAUAUGCAGAAGAAAAGAGGGUCCCAGAAAUCAAAACUAUUGUGCUGGCUGUUCACAAAGAAAUUCUUCUAUUGCAAAAUAAUAGAGUAGCUAUGAGGCACUCAUCAUCCCUUUUCUUUUGUGCACGUUAAAUAAUUCUGGGUUAUACGUCCAAAAUUUAAAACUGCUAGAGCUUCUCAACAGGAGUGGCUUGGAGCCUUCUUUGUUAUCUGAAAACAUUAUUGUUCUUUAGUGUUAGGCCCAAGCCCAAAGAAAAGAGUGAAAUCUAAUUGACUCCAAUUCUUUAUUUGCUUACAUGUAAUAGAAAAAAUCUUGCUAGACUACAGCUAUAAUCUUCUAAUCAAAUAGAUACAGAGAUAGAGAUUCUAGGGUAUAACCAUCCUGAUGCCAUCCAGUCAAUAAAUGAACUGUUUUAAAUCCUGGAAUCCUGGGAAAAAGUUAAUGCUGCCAGCCAGUGAAUUUAUUUCAGCAGCAGAUCCAGUCCGUUCAGAGACUGAAAAAAUCCUUGUCCUUUUUUUAAUAAUGACAAUUCUACAUUUUACAUUCAGCUGUAGUUCUACAAGAUCAAAAUCCCUUUCAAUCAUUUUCCUGUGUCAGUGGAAAGCUCUCCAACCUCCUUAAUCAAGAGAUCUGAAAGGGAACUGAACCUGUCCUUCCUUGAAUGCAAGUACAGCUCUGUGCAUGAUCCGGGACUUAAAUAAAUGCAGCUCUGUUCAUGAUCCAGAUUGUACUGACAGCUGUAUUUGCCUUUAAGUAAACAUUAGAACUUCCUUUCAGACCUAUCGCCUGAAGCAUGUAUGAAGGUUGGAGAAAUUGGGGCAGGGUUGAAUGUUACCCAUCCUCCCCUAACUUUGAAUUUUUCUCCCUAUUCAAGUCCCUGAAUAAGAUUUGUAUUUCUUAUGAUAUUCUGGCAAUCAGAAGGAAUUUUCCAAACAGAGAUCCUUCCAAUCGGUCUGAAAACUAUUCUGUCCCUCGAGAUCUACACUUCAGUAUUAUGCAUGCAAUAUUGCAGGGGGAAAAAAGUUUCUCUGAUGGUUCAGGCCACUUGUUAUCAAAUAUAGCAAGAGGAUAGGUAUAUGGAGAAGAGUUACAACAGUGAUAUAAGCAGCAGGCAAUUUUCCAAUUGUGAGCAAUUAGUUACCAUGGGUGUCAUGGAAACAAAUGAGGAUGGCAUGUCCAGGUUUUGGGAGGCUCUGGUUUCUUAAUGUUUAAACAUCAACAAUCCUUUCUGAAUCUUUCUUUUCCCCCCAAAUGAAAUGAAAUUAUGUUUUUUGUUCAUGACACUUUGCUACCAAAACCAGGAACAAACCAGGAAUUUUUUUUUCGGUAUGACCUAAGUGUAACUCAUAAAAUCAUCGGCUACAAUGUCCUAUCUGUCAAUGACUACUUCAGCUUCAACCAAAACAAUACAGGAGCACACAGUAGAUACAAACUUAAAGUGAACCGCUCCAAACUUGAUUGCAGAAAAUAUGACUUCAGCAAUAGAGUGGUCAAUGCCUUGAAUGCACUACCUGACUCUGUUGUUACAUAUAUUAAUAUACAUGUAUAUUAAUAUACAUGUAUAUUAAUAUACAUGUAUGUAUUAAUAUACAUGUAUAUCAUAUAUAUGUAUACAUGAUACCUACAUAUAUUGUUAUGACAAAAUAAAUAAAUAAAUAAAUAAAUAAAUAAAUAAAUAAAUACAUCCUCAAACCCCCAUAAUUUUAACCUAAGACUGUCUACUGUUGACUUCACCCCAUUCCUAGGAGGUCAGUAAGGGGCAUGCAUAAGCACACCAGUGUGCCUACCAUCCCUGUCCUAAUGUUCCCUUAUUUGUAUUCAUUUCAUGUAUUCAAAUCAUGUUUAUACUUAUAUAUAGUAUCUAAUAUGUGCUUGACAAAAUAAAUAAAUAAAAACAAAGUUAAGUGAGAUUUGCUCCAUUUUAUGAACCUUUUUUGCCACAGUUGUUAAACAAAUUACUGCAAUUAUUAAGGCAAUAGCAAUAGCACUUAGACUUAUAUGCUGCUUUAUAAUGCUUUACAGCCCUCUCUAAGUGGUUUACAGAGUCAGCAUAUUGUCCCCAACAGUCUGGGUUCUCAUUUUACCCACCUUGGAAGGAUGGAAGGCUGAGUCAACCUUGAGCUGGUGAGAUUUGAUCUGCUGAACUGCAGCUAGUAGUCAGCUGAAGUAGCCUGCAGUAUUGCACUCUAACCACUGCACCACCUCGGCUCAAUCAUUGUCUUUAAGUGGAUGUGGCUCCCUUCAUUGACUUUGUUUGUUGGAAACCAGCUGGGAAGAUUACAAAUGGUGAUCACAUGACCCCAGAACAGUGCAAUUGUCAUAAAUACAUGCCAGUUGGCAAGGGCCCAAAUUGUGAUCACAUGACCAUGGAGAUGCUACAAUGGUCAUAAGUGUGAAAGCUGAUUAUAAGUCACUUUUUUCAGUGCCACUGUAAUUUUGAAUGGUCACUAAAUGAAUGGUUGUAAGUUAAGGAUUAUAUGACUGGCCCUCAAGUUUCCACUUUGAGUUCUGCUUUGGAGCAUGAAGUUGCUCCUGAGCACGGCCUGCACAUACACAAUUCUGUAUGUAAGGCUUGCAGUUCUUCAAUAAGUUUUAGAAGAUCAGAUGUUAGUGAUAGCUCAAGUUCUAGAAUGGAAAGUCAAUACUCUCAGGCCAAAUGUCUUUCCUUUAGGGUUUUCAGAUUGGGACUGCAAAACCUUAGAUGACUACUAGGUGGCAGCAGAGGCCUGCAUGAAAGUCCAAGUCUGAAUUUAUGGCUGGAUAUUUGCAGAACAGAUGUUAGCCUUUUUUGUUUGUUUCUAUUUUUCUUUAUUUUGUAUUGUGUUUGUGAAAUGGAAAUUGAGAUAUCUAAUAUCCAGCUGUGUGCCUUAUCAUUUGAUGAUGGUCUCCUUGAUUAUCUGCAGUAAUGUGUAUAGGAUGAGAGUAUAAAUUCAGUGAAAUUUACAGGUACCAUUUUUUCCCUACAUUGACAUUCUGUGCAAAAUUCAGUGAAACAUACAAUAUUUACAGUUAUUGUAAAUUCAAAAAUUAAAGACACUGGAAACAUAAAGAGCUGGGGUUAUGGACCACCAAGAAGAUUGGCAAAAGUUUGGUGUAGUGGUUAAGGCACUAGGCUAGAAGUUCAGGCCUUGGCUUAUCCAUGAAAGCAAGCCCAACUCAUAAGGCUGUUGUUAUUGGGAAAAUUGUGUUAUUUUUAAAAAUAAUAAAGGCAGAUAUAAAUCCAUUUUAAAAAGGCAGUAGUGGAAAGAGACUUAGAAUAUUGGGUAUUGGGUUUGUGGGAAGAUGCUUAGAAGAUGUGGUAGCACUGUGAAUUUUUAUAAUACCAAUUUUUACCCUUCAACAAGAGUAGAAACAGCAAGAAUUUGUAGUUGAACAAAUAUAACUCAAAUUCUGGUACCUAAUUUUCUACCAAUGUUAUAUAUCAAACAGAAAAUAUUUAUUACAGAAUUGCAUUGAUUUUUUUAAAAAAAAUUAUUUACAUUUGUUCAGUCUGAUACAUUUUGU